AGUAUAGUUACUUUUAAAUCUGUUAUAGAAUGUCCAGGAAGAUUGAAGUGUUCUCCUACUGGCUUUUGUAUGUUAUCAUUCCUAAUAUCCUAUUUGUGUCCAUUUAUUCUUUUUUGAUCAGCAUUCAUGCAGUAGGCACUCCUCUCGAUCACAGAAGAAUUUAAAUUUGGGACUUUAUGGGAUGAUGACUCCUCCCACUGUAUGAUGGUAGAGCAACUUGCCAGAAGGGGGUUAGGAGCAGGGCCCCCAUCAUCACUUUACACAGUAGGAGGCAGGAGGGCUAGACAAAGAUGCAAGGAGGCCAGCCAGCCUUAUGUUAUGUGUGCAGUCAGUCAGUGUGCUGCAGGGAAGGCUGGAUCACCCUAUGCUGUCCUGUCCUCAGGGCCAGUGCCAGCUAAGCAGGACUGGGCAGCUGAGACUAAGCAAUAAAUGGCCAGGAGUAAUGGAUCCCCCUCCACCUGGGCCAGAGCCCUUCAGAGCGUUCCCACAGAGCCCCCCAUGGACCAUUCUGAUCUGGUUGCAGAAUUGCUGAAGGAAUUGUCAAACCAUAAUGAGAGAGUUGAAGAAAGAAAGGCUGCUUUGUAUGAGCUUAUAAAAUUGACUCAAGAAGAGUCCUUUGGUGUUUGGGAUGAGCACUUCAAAACAAUACUACUUCUGUUACUUGAAACUCUUGGGGACAAAGAGCAUGCAAUCAGAGCUUUGGCAUUGAAAGUUUUAAGAGAAAUUCUAAGGAACCAACCAGCAAGAUUUAAAAAUUAUGCAGAGCUUACAAUUAUGAAGACACUAGAAGCUCAUAAGGAUCCUCAUAAGGAGGUGGUGAGAUCUGCUGAAGAAGCUGCUUCAAUGCUGGCCACUUCCAUUAGCCCAGAUCAGUGCAUCAAAGUACUUUGUCCCAUUAUCCAAACUGCAGAUUACCCCAUUAAUCUGGCUGCAAUCAAAAUGCAGACAAAAGUGAUAGAGAGAGUAUCUAAAGAAACGCUUGCUCAGCUUUUACCAGAGAUUGUGCCAGGUCUAAUACAGGGUUAUGAUAAUUCGGAGAGCAGUGUUCGUAAGGCUUGUGUUUUCUGCCUUGUAGCCAUUCAUGCAGUAAUUGGCGAUGAACUAAAACCACAUCUCAGUCAACUCACAGGCAGCAAAAUGAAAUUAUUGAACCUUUACAUCAAACGUGCACAGACAGGCUCUGGAGCAGGUGACACAGCAGCAGAUGUUUCUGGCCAAAGCUAAUGAAACUGACUACAGUGAACCAGGUCUUCUAAAGAAAGGACAGGCACUCUGAUAUCAGUGAAAGGAAAAUUCUCACACGUACCUUUGGAACUCCUUUUUUUUUUUUUUUUUUCCUCCCAGUUUCUUUUGUUUUCUUUUUUUAUUUUUUUUUAAACUGAUGGCUACCCCUCAGCCUGCAUGUGACUGUUGCAGUAGAAUUAUUCCAAAUCCAAGGAGAAAACAGUAUUAAUAUCAGCUGGUCAAAACACAAUAAAUUUUAAAAAUCUAAUCCAUCACUUUUCCUGUUCGCACUCCUCUGUGUGUCUUCCCAUUAACUUUUACCAGUGUUAUGACUGUAUUUAAAAAGAAUUUUUAAAAAUGCUAAUUAAACAGGAAUGCUUUAAGCUUUAAAAGUUAAAAUCUAAAUUCUGUUGCUUUUUUAUUUUUGGCUGCAGAAUAACAUGCUAUUUUUAUUGCUGUUUUGUUUAAAUAUCAUAUUUGCUAGAAAGAAGAAAUUUAUAUGAAACAUGGCAGGACUAGUCUGAACUGCAACUAGACUCAGUCACUGUGGUGGUACAUCUUAUUUGUAUCUUGUUUGGGAUAUUCUGGAGUAUGAGAAUUAUGCCCAUAAAAAGCUGGAUUGAUCCAGUUCUUUGAAAGUGAUAUUGUUCAUUGGUUGUAUGUUUGUCCCAUAAAUAAGAAUUUAUUGUGAGCAGUAGAGGACUAGUACAGCUAGCACAUCAUAAUGUGGAAGACAGCCCGUUCAGGGUCCAGUGUCGCAGAACUGGUGAUAGUGUGACAACCUGCUUUCUAGCAGCAGAGAAAACACUUACUUGAUGGACCUGAACCAUCCUUGUCACUAUCCUUUCUUCAAGCAGGAUGCCUCAGAGUGGAGUGCUCUGCCCAAGCAUGCUCAGUAUGUAUUUAUCUUUAUCACUAGAAUGUUUCCUCUCAACCUGGUUGCUGGAACCAGUAGUGUUGUAUUGUAACUCACAUGGAGGGUAUAUGACAACAGUGCAGUUCAUUGGUUGUCUUUUUAAAAGCACUACAACGUUCUGCACUGAAUUUUUAGGGUGGCAGGGGAGAAUCACAAGUGCUAUGAAUCUUGCCACUUUUUUCAAAAAAAAUGUUUUGGAUGAAUUGGGAAAGCAGCACCAAAUUAUUUGCAUGGUUUUCUUGAACAGCAUCAUCAGGACCCAUCUGGAUUAAGGUGUGAAAAUGUUUUCGGGUUGUUGUUUUAUUUUUUAAAUUUUAGUUUGUUAAUAAUGCUUCUUUGUAUUUAUGAUAAUGGAAAGAGAGAACAAAAAUCAAGUAAAUAUAUGUCCUUGAAUGUCUUUCUGUUUCUCAGACGUAAUCAACAAGCUACUUAGCUGAGAGAUGGGGUAAAACAGCACCUGUCCAGGAAUGAUGGAACCUGGGUUUUUGUUUUUUACUAUGGUAUUGGUCUAGUUUUAGGACAUGUGUCCUGGUAAGAGAGAAAAUAACAGUGCCAAGGAUGUUCUUCUGUUCUAGGCUAAAAUUCUCUCUACCUCUUCAGAGUGAUUACUUUACUUUUGACUGAGCUGCUGCCCAUAGUGUCAUGUGGAAUAACUGUCUAUAGAAAUCUUUUUUUAAUUAUUUUUUCAAAUCACCAUUUGCUACUGUGUAUUCGAAGCCCUGUUCUUUAUCAUGUCGCCAAAUAUCAUAAGGAACUGCUAAUGCAUUUCAAUUGCUAGUUACCUUGAAAGACAAAACUGACUAAAAGUGGACCUGGAUACUUGCAAUUACAUUCUCUGAGAGGUCAUUUUCACUUAAUCUGAAGUGAAUCUGACAGAGAAAGUUGAGACAUGGUUAUUAAAGAAGCAGUUUGCUGCUGUUGCAGAGAUGUGUUUUCUUUGGGCAGGGGGAAAUGUAGAAAUGUAUGUAAAAACUUAAAAAGGAAAAUUCUCAUUAUUUGUCACUGGACAUUUUUUUUUUUUUUUUUUUUUUUUUUUUUUAGCAGCUGCAUCAGGAAAGUAGUGUCUCCCCUUUCUCUCCUCCCUUGUGUGCAACUUUCUCUUUGUUUUCUACUGUUUAACUACGUUGUGUAUUUAUAGUUCUUUGCUUACCAUUGUGCAUAUACUGGCAAUAAAAUGUACAUAACAUUACUUGAAAAAAAAUUAACAAUGUAUACAGGCAGUUUUUCUGUUUUGUUCAGUCAUGUUAUGUGAAAGAUUAUAGAUGUCAUAGGCACCAAUAUUGUUUUCAAAAGAUUCUGUAUAAUUGCUGUGUGUUCAGAAUGCUGCUUUUUUAGACAUUCUAAGUACCCCAUUUCUCAAAGGAUUUUGCUAUCUUUAUUUCAGUGGUACAGAAAAUCCCAGUUUUUUUAAAUUGUCACUCAGAUUACAGUUUAACAGCCCUACUUUAAACCUUCUUCAUAAGUGUAAAUGUAUAAGGUCUUAAUUCUGUUUGUUCUGAAGAGCGUUCUUUCAAGGCUUGACCUCAGGAGGACUGCGCUAUUUCCAUUCUUUCUGAACAUGGAGUCUGUCCCAUUUACACUACAAAAAUAAGCCUAUUUAAAUAUGUUUAUGGCCUAAUGUUAUAACCUUUUUUUCCCUUAACAAUGUGGACAGGAAAAAAAAAUCUGUCAGUCCCUUUGCGAGAGAGAUGUUAUCUUGGGUACAUAGAUAGCAAGGCUAAAAGUUGGUGUGGGGGUUGUUUAUGUUCACAAAGACAAAGAAAUCUUGUUUUUAUAAGAAGCUUGGACCACAGUCUUGUUUCAUACUAUAUUUAAACAUCCCAUGUCCUAAAAAAAACUAAACUUAAAUUUUAAAUGUUUAAAAAUUUUUAAUCGUCAGUAAUGACCUGCUAUCAACCUGACCGUAUCUGCUAGUCACAGGGAACAGAUUGCUGAGUAUGCACUUUCCUGUGCAAAGGAUGUGUUUUGUAUUCAUGUAAUCAUAGGAUAGGAGUGUGGAAGUUUACAAUAAAAAUGCAUAUUGCUCCCAUUGACAUUGGACAAGCUACAAUAAUCCUUUACUUGGGCUUUAUUUCCUAUAUUGUAAAAAAAAAGCUAGCUCAGUUCAAUUGCAACUAUAAUUAAUGAUGUGUCUUGUACAUGUUAAACUGGAGAUCUCUAAUGAAUGCGCAUAAAGAUGUAGUGCAGUGAAAAGAAGUUUUACAAUCUUGUUGGUCAGCAAAAAGUUCAGAUAGUUCUAAGGAUGAUGUCAUCUCUUAAUAGCCUUUCUUUCCUUGUAAGGUUAUAAUGCAAAACUUUUAAGCUGGAACAUGUAUUUUGAAACAUAUACCUAUGGCUCUUAAAAAGUUUGAUUUUGGGGGUAGGAUAUCUAUAUUUUGCAGUUGUAUGUAAAAAUAAAACCACAAUAUAUCCAGAGUCAGAAUAAUAAAUGUAAAGGUGAUUUGACAUGCCAGUUGUCUUAAAAUUAAAAUUUGACUGUAGUGUUGUGCUCAACCUAAGCCCCAGCCAGGAAGUUGGGGUAAUUAGUUGAAGUUGAAGGGACACUGUAAACUUGAAUUUUGUUGAUUUUUAAUGUUGUUUAACAUUUCCUUUAAAAACUACAGACAGCAGAUUUGUUUUCAGUGUUUUAAGGGCAGAGGCCUAUGAUAAGGAUUAAAUGCUUGUGUCCUGGGAAAAAUAUUUUGGGAAUAUCCAUGCUAGCCUUUACAAACAUGUUAGUUACCUUGAAUUAAUUGGCAAUAAAUUAAUUCAAGGUCAAAACUCUAUUGAAGACAAACCCCAACUGUCAAAUUUCAAUUUUCAGUAAAGGAAGCAUUUUAAAAGAAUUCUCAAAUAUAACAUUUUCCUUUUGAAAACAAAUACAUACAAGGCAAAGCCAGACUGAGGAGUAAGGCUGGUGAAUUAUGCAACAAUAAAUGCAUUUGAUGCUUAAUGGUAACUGGAAUUAUUCUAUUUGUUGUGGUAAUGUUGUGGCAAGGUCAAUUAUUGUGAGCCAUAGACUUAGACUUAGAAUAUGGUAAACAUUAAAAUAAAGUGGUGAGGUUGGGACCAGCAGGGUUGUCAGGAGAAGGAAAACUAGUGUUCUUCCAUUUUAGCAAACUCUUACCAGUUUUGCAAUUGCAAAUAUCCUAAAAUAGUCUAGUACCACUGAAUUUUUAAUUAAUUUGUUUUCAUAAAAAUGUUCUUUGAAAUAAAUUGUAAAUAAAUACUUUCAAA